UCGCAGCUUUGCCCCUUCCCAAGCCCUAAGCACCGCAAAAAGUCUCGAAAACAAGCAUUUGGGUUUGAACUGCUCUCCAUAAUGCGGCUAAAUCUCCUUCAUCCCAGGAACCGGCUCUCCAUCACUCCAUGGCUGGAAAGUGGUGUCCUUUCCUUCUCCUUGUGCCCAGUUUCGGCAAACCAAACGGCUUCUUACAACAGCAGAACAGGAGAAGGUCGGGAAACUACGGAACAUCCCACCGUAUUGGAGAAAUCGGCGAUGUUCGGAAAGUGUCUACUUAUGGACGGAAAAAUAGCCGAAAACAAGGUAGUUUCACCCUUGUCCUUCCAAGUGGUGCUCAGCCUCCUUGCCGCUGGCUCCGGCGGUUCCACCCUCCGUCAGCUUCUCAAAUUCUUCAACACCGAUUCUGUCGAUCGCCUCAAUCACUUAGCCUCCCAAAUUUCCGACGUCAUCUGUGCCGAUGGUGAUCCCGCCGUCGGCCCUCGUAUGCGUUGCGCCAAUGCCUUGUGGCAUAAUCAACCCCUUACUCUCAAGCCCUCUUUUAAAGAGAUUCUCAACUCUGAUUAUAAAACCGCUCUGAACCCAGUGGACUUUCAGACCAAGGCUCUUGAUGUGAGGCAAAAUAUUAAUUCCUGGGUGGAAAAUGAGACAAAUGGCCUGGUUAAAACCUUAUUCCUUUGA